UUGCAUUACGUGGAAGAGAAUCAGCUGUGCGCGACAUGGACGAGCUGGCGAGCGUAGAUCUCGAAAUACCACUCGCCAAAUACGAGUAUUUGGAUCACACCGCGGACGUACAAUUGCAUGCAUGGGGCGACACCAUGGACGAGGCUUUCGAGCAAUGCGCGAUGGCCAUGUUCGGUUACAUGACGGAUCUCGAGCGCGUGCAGGUCACACAGGUGCAUCACAUUGAGGCCGAAGGUGACGACAUGGAGAGUCUACUCUUUCACUUUCUUGAUGAGCUGCUCUUCAUGUUUAGCGCCGAGCCAUAUAUAGUCGCCAAGAAAGUCAAGAUUACCGAAUUCGACCGAGAAGGAUUUAAAAUCAAGGCAACCGCAUAUGGCGAGGAGUUCACAAUUGGCAAACACACGCAAGGCGCAGAAGUAAAGGCCAUCACAUACUCGGCAAUGCAGAUCAACGAUCGCCCGCGGGUGGAGCGACCCGAAAUCUUUGUGAUCGUCGAUAUAUGAUAUUAUCCUCGCCUGUCGAUCGCACUGCACAUAUAUUUCAACAAUAUUUUGCUGCACAACUUUCUGGUAAUGCUCUAACAACAAUGAAAAAGUAGUGGGGAAAAAUAGGAGGGAGGGUUACUUAGUUUGAACGGAUGGUGCAUGGAAAAAGUAGAGGAAGGUAGUCGAAGAGCAAGAAAGGAAAUCGUAUACCUCCCCUAUGGUCUACAUAGGAGCGAUCCUUUUGUAUUUGCCCCGUAGGGUUCAAAUAAAUACGUUACGAAGAAUGCACCGGGCCCCCCUUCUUCUUGGCUCGACUUGACUCAGGCGUGUACUAAGAUUACUCGAAUUCCCGGCAAAGCGCAAUAAAAAGAGC